GUGAAGGCUGGUAGGCUGGGAAAGGCUAUUCAUCUAUUGGAAAUGCUAGAACAGUCUGCGGAUAAGUGUGUUCACCCAAAUGAGUACAUAUACACAACUGUUCUCGAUGGCUGUUUUUGUGCAGGUCGUGUAGAUGUAGCAUAUCAAAUUGUACAAAAAAUGAGCCAGCAGUCCUCCACUACAUUCAUGACGAACAGAGGGGAGAGAACGAUAGCCCCAAUCUAUCUAUCCUCCUCCUCCUCCUCCUCCUCCUCCUCCCCCUCCUCCUCUUUGCCUUAUUCUUCUUCUUCUUCUUCUAAGACAGCUGCUGAUGGUCGCAGUGAUGCUUCUACCUCUAGGUUGCUCUUGAACAACUCAGCUAAUGGGAAUAUCCGCUCGAAGGAUGGAGAAGAUGCAAGGUCUCUUAAGUCCUCCUCCUCCUCCUCCUCCUCCUCCUCUUUGCCUUAUUCGACCUUUUCUAAAACAGCUGCUGACGGCAGCAGUGAUGCCUCUAGCUCUAGGUUGCUCUUGAACAAAUCAGUUAAUGGGAAUAUCCCCUCAAAGGAUGGAGAAGCCGCAAGGUCUGUAGACUCCUCUUCCUCCUCCCCCUCCUCCUCUUUGCGUUAUUCUUCUUCGACUUUGUCUAAAACAGCUGCUGAUGGUAGCAGUGAUGCGUCUAGCUCUAGGUUGCUCUUGAGCGAAUCCGUAAACAGGAAUAUCCGAUCAAAGGAUGGAGAAAAUGCAAGGUCUGCAAACUCCGACGGGCGGUGGAUUUUACCGGACACUGUGUCAUAUAAUGCAGCCCUGAAAGGGCUUUGCCAUGCAGGCAAGAUGGCUAUUGCAUUGGCUGUAUAUAAUGACAUGCAGAGGGCCAGAGUCUCCCCUUGUGCUGUUACAUUCAACACUCUCAUCGAUGGUUAUGUUCGCUGCCGCAAUAUGGAUGCCGCUAUGGCUAUGUUGCAAGAGAUGGAGGCGGUGAACUUGAAUCCCACAGUUGCGACGUACACUACCUUGAUGAAAGGCGCUGCCCAUGCGGGGCAGGUUCGUAUGGCAGCGGAGAUCUUCUGCGAGAUGCGAGCCGACUCUACUGUGCAUGCUGAUCGGGUUGCUUUCAAUAUCAUGAUAGAUGUGUAUUCAAGAUCUGGGCUGAUGGACGAGGCUCGAGGGUUGUUCCUUGAGAUGAAGGGGGAACUUGGGAUGACGCCUGACAUUGCCACGUAUGGGAGUUUGAUGAAGGGAUACGCAAAGGUAGGGAGUGCAGGGGAGGCUCUUGUGUUAUGGCGAGAGAUUGCGGCAAGAGCUGCCAAGGACAGGGCAGCCACCCUAGGAGGAGGAGGCAGACCUGUCGACGGCACGAUGUCCGAGGAGUCGGCACGAAGAAGACGACGAGGUGAUGGACAGGAGUUUCCUAAGUGGGGUUCUUCGUCUUCCUCGAAGGAUUCUCUUUCCGUGGCAAGGACUGUCAACAUGGUCGAUGGCUCAAUUGGAGAGACACUCAAAAGCAAGUUCUCGGGGAUUCGAGCUCUGGAUGAAGGGGUGGAGAACAAGAAGAAUACCAAGGUACCGACCAGGAAGUCCAGAUGGGGGAGAAGAGAAAGCGGUGAGGAGGAGGAGGAGGAGGAGGAGAAGAGACGACUGAGCAGGAGGAUGAUUAUGGGCAUGUCUAAUUGCCAACAAGAGAGGGAUUUAGUUCCAGACAAGCGAUUGCUUUGGCCAUUGCUGCGUGUGUGCAUAGCCGCUGGAUAUUUUCAGCGUGCACAUCAGAUCGUUGAUGAGGUGGGGGAGCUGGGGGUGCCAGAGCACUUAGUCGUUCAAUGCCAGAGCUAUUUACGCACUCAAAUGAAACGCGCGCAACAAAGACGCAAGGGGGGGAGGACCCCAUCAAUCAAGCAGAACCCGACACCUCGUUCACCUAGCGGUCCACGGGGACUCGAGGCGGUUAAGUUUUGGCUCGGACUGCCUAACUCCUACUAUCAGUCAGACUGGGACUGGCAAAAGUGAAUGGUAGCUCCCACCACCAACAUGUUUAGGAAGACCACUCUCCCUCCUGUUUACUGUUUUAAGAGGAGGAGGACAUGACAUUGGGCACAUGCACCGUCACAACUACUCUACAGGAGAAGAAGUGAAAUGAGCCAAGUACUCGUCAAGUUCAGCCUCACAUACAUCAAUGAACAUUCACAUGAGAGUUCACACGUGAGAAGCCAAAUCGAGAUACAAUCAACACUUGAAGAUGUC